UACGCAAAAGAGUACCUACUACGCGGGGGCUCUGUCGAUACUGCAUUGCAGAACCUCCAACUUAGCGACCUAUGCGCCUCUGUCCAGAGCAAGAGCGGCGCCCAUCUCCUCCAUCUAACCAUCCUCAGCCUUGCAACAAUAUUCUUUGGCACGCGGCAUAGAAAUACUUCAAUCACCACCCCUGGCUAUCUCCUGCACGGAAUAGCUCUCAAACAGCUCAACACCGCCCUUUCAGAUCCUCAAUGCCAGUUUCGAGAUGACGUCCUUCAUUCCGCCAUGUCGUUGGUUCUUCUGGAAGCUUUUGUACCCACCUGAAGGAAUUAUUAUCUCAAGCGUACAGAUGGCCUCGAAAGGUUACUUGGGCUGCGAGGGCCGGGUAUGCUUUGUUCUCCGGGAUCCUUUUUGAUAUUCAAAGCGGUGCGGAAAAUGAUAAUCCUUGCGUCCAUCAGCAGAAGGAAACCAUCACUCCUAGCGAGAGGAGCAAACCCCCUUUUUCGACACUCCUCAUCUUUCAGAGCCCCGCCGCUUCAACAACACUAAUGCUAUACAACACGUCUCUUAUUUAUAUCCUUCAACCCUUACAUCACUGGCACCAGCACCUCCUGGAGUCCUGUCUGGCGAACACUCCCUCACUUAGGUCAUCCUAACACUCCCUCACUCAGGUCAUCCUAACACUCCUCUCAGUCGUACUCAUACAGGAUACCCAGCAAUGAAGCGCUACGCAGCACUAGAGAUCUGCCUCUCCAUACUAUACUAUCAAUCCCGCAAAUCCAGUUGGGAUUUGCG